AUGGCCGGCCGAAAGAAGAUAUUGUUGAAAGUAAUCAUUGUUGGAGACAGUGGCGUCGGCAAGACGUCUCUUAUGAACCAGUAUGUUACCCGCAAAUUCAGCAAUCAGUACAAGGCCACAAUCGGUGCGGAUUUUUUAACCAAAGAGACCGUGGUUGAUGACCGCGUGGCUACGCUGCAAUUAUGGGAUACGGCUGGCCAAGAACGGUUCCAGUCUUUAGGAGUAGCGUUCUAUCGUGGCGCCGAUUGUUGUGUUCUCGUUUACGACGUCACUAUGCCAUCCACAUUCAAGGCACUAGAAUCUUGGCGCGAUGAGUUCCUCAUCCAGGCCAGCCCUCGGGACCCGGAGAACUUCCCGUUUGUGGUUAUNUGCGACCUACCCAAUCGAGCCAUUGCUGAACGGCGAGCGAAACAAUGGUGCCAAUCCAAAGGCAACCUUCCUUAUUUCGAGUGCAGCGCAAAAGAAGCCACUAAUGUGGAGCAGGCUUUUCAGCAUGUGGCUAGAGUGGCAUUGGCACAAGAAUCUGAGGUAAAUCACCUUAUUCUGUACCAUCAGUCAUAA